CUGAAUAUAUUAUCUAAACAUUUUUAUUUUUCAGCGUCUGAGAAUAUUCGAUCAAGUUCUUUACUUGCAGUUGAUAUUACGGUCGAACCUCCCGAAUCAAAUGCACCAUUACUAUCACAAGUUGUAUUAUGGAAUGAUGAAACUUACGUAGUGCACACGUCAGUGCAUUAUUCCAACUGUCUUGUUCCAAGACUCGAUCUGAUAAUUGAGUCACCAUAUUAUUGGGGUGUUAUGGAUCGAUAUGAAGCAGAAGCAUUAUUAGAAAGCAAACCAGAAGGGACAUUUUUAUUGCGUGAUAGUGCGCAGUCGGAUUACUUGUUCUCAGUAUCUUUUCGUCGAUACAAGCGCACUUUGCAUGCACGGAUUGAGCAGCGAAACCACUGCUUCAGUUUUGAUUUUUCUGACCCAUCGAUUUAUUCAGCAAACACUAUAACUGCUCUGCUUGCAUAUUACAAAGAUCCGAGCAAGUGCCUAUUCUUUGAGCCGCAGUUAUCGAUACCAUUACCAAGGAACUUUGUGUUUUCACUGCAGCAGCUGUGUCGCGCUCGUAUAGCAAGUUUGACUACAUAUGAUGGUGUGGAAAAAUUGAGUUUACCCUUGUCUUUGAAAAGUUUCAUCAAAGAAUAUCAUUAUAAACAUCCUGUAAAAACAGUGAAUCAUGUAGGAGAGUUAGAAUCUUAAAA